GCAAAAACAUCCAGAAAGAUGAGGACCCGCAAUAUGCUGCGCGAAAGCAGCGUUUUUCUCGCUUUGUUCACAGCUAUCUCAGGCGUCAGCGCAGCUCCGCCCUCUCAUGGCGCGCACUCUUCUCCUGCUUGUCGUUACCUACCGUCUGAUUCGGGCUGGCCCAGUCAAACGGAUUGGGCCAAGUUGAAUCGCACCGUUCAUGGCCGUCUGCUGAAAGGAGAGCCACUUGGUCAGUCAUGCUACGGAGAGCAUGCUAACGGCGAGGCUUGCGAGGAAAUUGUGUCAACUUGGGAGACAAUGCAGCCAUUUUUGAACGACCCGGUCAAUGUGAUCUCCAUGUACUACGAGAACAACACCUGCAACCCCUUCCACGGUCCUCUAUCGCCUGUGAAACCCGAAAUUGUCACAAACUCGACCUGCUCGCUCGGCGGCCUGGCCUACUACGCAAUCAAUGUGUCCGAUGCGGCAACUGCAAUUGCCGGCGUGAAUUUCGCGCGCAAAAACAACGUCCGUCUCAUCAUCAAGAACACCGGUCAUGAUGCGCUAGGUCGAUCCACCGGCAAAGGAGCCCUGGCUCUGUGGACCCACAAUAUGAAGAGCGUGAGCUUCUUGAACUACUCGAGUUCGCGAUACACUGGUCCGGCUGCACGCGUCGGGGCUGGUAUUCAGGUCAGCGAGCUAUACGAGGCAGCGGCUGCAAAGGGAUACCGCUCGACUGGAGGAACCUGUGACUCGGUUGGCGUGGCCGGGGGCUGGGUCCAGUCGGCUGGCCAUGGGCCCUUGGCGUCAGCUUACGGACUGGGAUCUGAUCAGACUCUGGAAUUUGAGGUGGUGACCACCGAUGGAAAGCACCUCGUGGCCUCGCCAACCAAGCAUUCGGAUCUGUACUGGGCGCUUAGUGGCGGUGGUCCCGGAAACUAUGCCAUUGUGCUGUCCGUCACGCUGAAGGUUUAUCCCGAUGGCCAAGUUGCGGGCUCCAGACUGACGUUUGUGGAGAGCGAUGAGAAGAAGUACUGGACUGCAGUGGAGGCGUGGCAGAAGCACCUUCUCAACGUACUUGAUGCCAUUCCGGGAUUCCAAUCGCUUGUCGCUCUGGCCAGUGGUGGUGUCUUUCAGCUCAACUAUGCCACUCUGCCAGAUGCAAGCAAGACCGAUCUCAUUACCGCGUUGACGCCCUUCUACGACGAGCUGGCUUCUCUCGGAAUUUCGGUCACGUUCAACGAGACUGUCGUCCAUGAUACCUACCUGGGCCACUACAAGUACUACGAGGGCAACGACUUCGACAGCCGAAACGCCACCGUCGGCGACCGCAUGAUCCCUCGGUCUCUCGUUAGCAACGCCACCCAUCUGUCCCAGCUGACGGACAUCUACAAAGGCCUUCUUGAGACCGAGAACUCAUUCAUCUACCUGAUCAGCCACAACGUCACCCACGCGAGAGUGGGCAACAAAGCAGGCGAUAAUGCCGUCCUCCCUGCGUGGCGGGACUCGCUAUACAUCGCCAACUUCGGCGUCACCGGAGAUCCUCUGGCCUCGUUUACCGAGCUAGAAGAGCAAGUCUCCCUCGUCAACAAGUGGCAGGUUGAUCUUCAUGACGUCACGCCGGGUGGAGGCAGUUACAUGAACGAAGCUAUCUUUGGCUUCCCCUACUGGAAGGAUGACUAUUUCGGGGAGACCUACGACAAAUUGAGGGCCAUCAAGAACAAGUACGACCCUAAGCAUGUUCUCUGGGCGGCUUCGUCCCCUGGAUCGGUCGAGGCCUAUGAGUUGCAGGAGGAUGGCCAUUUGUGUAAGCCGUGAGUGAAUGGGAA